AUGCUCCGAGCAGAAGUUGUGCAGGAGCCCGGAUGGAGGAUGGCAGAGGUGGGCGUGUUUCUGGGUGACCUCUCCGCGUUCAUGCUGUCUCUGGAGCCAGCGGAGCUGCACCUCAUCGACCCGUUUGAGGGGCAGCUGGUCUCAGGCAAUCGAGACGGUGACUCUAUCCGCACUUGCCAUGGAAACGAUGCAAUUGAGUACGUGCGGCGACGGUUCGAGGGUGACAACAGGGUAUUCAUUCAUCGGGCGUGGUCCCCCCCGGGGCUGCUGCAAUUCUACAGGUGGUACUUUGAUCUCGUGUACCUGGACGGAUCGCACACUUAUGAGGACGUGAAGAAGGAUCUGGCGGCGGCAUUGACUAGGGUGAAGCCGGGGGGUUUCAUCUGCGGGCAUGAUUACGGGGCGAAUCCGAAAAAGUGCCCCUUUCCGUACACCUUUGGGGUGCGGCGUGCAGUCGACGAGUUCUGCAAGGACAACGACUUGCAAGUCUCGCAUUUGGCAAAUGACGGAUACAUCAGCUUUGCAAUCCAGCUCCCACCAUGCAGGGCCAAUAAAGAGGUGGAUGUCUGCCUCCUCGAAGGAAACCAUUGUUGGCCGUGGGUCCUUAUCCGGCGGUCGGAGGCUUUGAGGGGAAUUGGAAAGGCAAACGAGCUAGGGCUGUUUGCCGCACGCCCCAUGCCAGCAGGGACGGUCAUUGGGAGGUACAUGGGCUUUCUGCUGGGGAAGAGCGGGAAUAGGGAGGUAGAGAGGGAGGCAAAGGUGUUGGAGGCUGCGGGCAAGGCAGCUUACCUGCUGACAAUAAGGGGCAUCAUUGUGGACGGCUCAAGGCCGCCUCAGAGCGAUGUGGAGCAGCUUGCUGUGGCUGGCGAGGUGUUGUUCCCAGCAGACGAGUAUGAGUACCCUGGGGCUCACAUGCACAUGAUGAACGAUGGGUACCGCACGCCGUACCCCAACAAUGUCAAAAUUGACUCAGACGGGUUUGCAAUCACAAAGGUUGACGUCCCUGCUUACAACCCAAAGGGCUCACGUGAGGCAAAGGGUCUGAGUGAGCUCCUGUGGGACUACAGGGAGAGCUACUGGGAGUUGAUGGACUCUUUGCUGGCUGCAAACAAGAGGCGGAAGGGAGAUGAAGCACGGAAUGAGAGACGUGCAAAAAGGGCGAGGAAUUGA